AUCUAUGAGUCCGGAGUAGGACCUUGCACGAUUCGUGAAUCGAGCUGAGCGAAGCCUGAUCUGUCUGCAAGGCUCUCAUUGUGUCAGUGCUAAGCCAGUGAAAGCCGACCCUGAACCUUUCUGCACUGGAACUUCGAAUUGUUUCCACACUCGCGCAAGAUUGCCAGCUAACUACCAGCAUCAUGACUAACUGGAUCCUGGGUGACAAAUUCCACGAGCGUUACCCUCAUCUGAGCGGUGUCAAAGCCUUGUGGGAAACGAAGUGGAAAUUCCCAUGCUCUCUAAGUGUCUACCCAUUCCACGAUGGCAGACUUGAAGACUUUGCCCCAAUCUUUGAGAACUUGAUCAAAGACAAUGUCAACGAUGCCUAUUCUGACAAAUAUACCGAAUACUUCCUGCCAACUGCCGAAAAGCUCACUGACGAGGCGCUCUCCGCUCAGGCGUCGGACCGUGUCAAAGCAGCCGAUCUCUUCAAACGCGCUGCAUGUGUCUAUCGCAUAUCUCGCUUUCCUUCCCUCGAUGCAGGCCCUGGACUGAAGAAGAAGAUAUUCGAGUUGCAGAAACAGGUGUACCUAAGAGGCGCAAGCUUGUGGGACGCUCCUAUAAAAGAGAUCAAGAUUCCACAUACCGCAGCUGAAGGUCAAGAAGGUAAGGAGAUACCGCUAUUCGUGAGGCUGCCGCCGGGCGCGAGCAGUAACAAGAAGUGCCCUGUGGUACUCCUUAUUACGGGCCUCGACGGUCACCGGCCAGAUAACACAGGCCGGACAGAUGAUUUCAUAGCACGAGGUUGGGGCUCUGUCAUCACCGAGAUCCCAGGCACUGCAGAUUGUCCUGCAGACCGCCGCGAUCCAAAGUCCCCAGAUCGAUUGUUUACCGCCAUCCUGGACUGGAUGGAUGGGCAGUCGCAGUUUAACAUGAAGACAUGCAUUGUUUGGGGUCUCUCUGCUGGAGGAUACUAUGCCAUUCGGGUUGCGCACACCCAUCACACGCGCCUGGCUGGCAGUAUCGGGCAAGGUGCUGGAACGCACCUGUUUCUGUCCCGAGAGUGGCUGGAGCACGUUGAUGACCAUGAAUAUCCCUUCGUCCUUAGCGAAGCUUACGUCUCCAAAUACGGCUAUAAGGAUUGGGAAGAACUCCUGGAAAAAGCACAGAAGGACUAUAGUCUGGUUGAAAAUGGGAUAGUGAACGGACCAUGUUGCAGGCUGCUUCUUGUCAACGGCACUUGGGACGGGCUCAUGCCCAUUGAAGACAGCAUGCUCCUCAUGAACUAUGGACGCCCAAAAGAAGCCAGAUUCUACGAGAAGAUGCUGCACAUGGGAUAUCCGCCUGCCAAUGAGUGCAUCUGGCCCUGGAUGGGAUCCGUUAUGGCCACUGCUGUGUAGAACGGUAAUCAAUUCUCAUCC